AUGGCCAGCAUUGCAGAUGUGAUCAUUUUGUCAUCGUCUCCAAAUCCACCACAGUCGCCAGGGCCAGCUAGGCAUGAUGCGAAGCGGGUCACUCAACUCUUGCCACGAGGCGAAACGCCACCACCAAUACCCCCGACAGCCGAUUUGUCUAAAUCUCAUACGCGUUCCCGUUUUUUUCCCACUCCAAUCCCGAGCACCAAGUGUUUUGAGGACGUGACAAGACCGAAACAACGAUCGAUCAAGAAGGAUCCUACUUCAAACCCCCGCAACCAAACUGCAUCGAGCAAAUCGCGGCGGAAGGCGAAGAAAGCCGCAGAUGCGGCAGGAACAAUUGCGCUUGGGGACGCCCAGCCAGAGCUUGCAGGCACGAAAGAUGAAGCGGUGAAACCGACCAAAGGUCGUCCUCGCAAGAAUAUCAUGAGCAAAGAUACAGGAAAUAUGACUCUGGCUGGGAAAGUUACGAAGACGAGCGUCAAUCCACUAGCAAAGAAAUCCAACAAAGGUGAAAAGAAGACGGUUGCCACAAAAGUAUCCUCCUCGGAAGACAUACCCGAGGAACUUACUCUCGGGGAAUCAAAUGCUUUGAAAGAGGAUGAAGCAUUGCAUCUAGAUGAGGCAAUGAGGAGAAGGAUGGACUGGACACCACCAAGGGAUACCGCUUACGAGGAAAUUGCUACCGUGAACGAUGGUGACAGCCAGGAUAAAGACCGUGAUUCGAAUCUUGCGGGUGGAUUUGGCAAGCGGCUAUCCGACUACAAUUAUUCUGGGUCGGCUUUGAUACCCCGCGACGUUGUGCAGAAUGCGACUGGCGGAGGACCAACAAAGCGUCGACGGAUAGAGCUAGUCAAUCCUGAGAUAAAGUUAUUGUCCAAUGAAAGGUACUCUGAUUCAAGUGAACGGGCAUCCGCGCAAGGAGAAAAUAUGGCAUCGGGAAUACCCAAAAAGACAACAAAGGGCAAGCCUAAGAAGUUUACCACCUUGACGGCGCGCAUGACUGCGCAAUAUUCAAUGCUCGACACAGAAGACGAUGAGCCGGUAAUUAAUCGUCUUCCAGACAUCAGGAAGGCAAAAGCAAGCCGAAGAAAGACCAAAGAGACAGAGAAAGAAUCUUCGUUCACUGUACUUCCCCCGGAAGCAGCUGUCGAAUUUCUUAAUGACCAAGAUCUUGUAUUUGGUACCUGCAGUCAAUUGGAAAGAGAUGAUUCGCCGCGGACUUUACGAGAAACCCAGCAAGCCAUCCGUGCCUCCGAAGGUCUGUCAUCUCCAGAAGGGACGCACAGCACAAACUCUACAGCGAUCCAAGAGUCGUCUUCUUGUUCUGUAUCAAGGCUGGCAGGAACCAGGAAUCUGUGGUGUGUUGGCGCCAGAGACACCGAAGGUUCUUUGAUGGAGCCAGAAACACUCAACAUGGUUGACUUGACGGGUGGAGGAGAAACCCCCGCAAAGAAGAGUCACGACACUGUGGAAUUGGAACGAGCAGGACGAGUAGGCCACGAAACUCUUGCGAGCAACUGGUUUGAGCUUGAGUUCGCCGACAUAGAUUCACCCUCAGAACAGAGAUCAUCAUCGCUACCAUUGGCCCAAAGGGCCUUGGGCUCAGAUAUGCAGGCUCAAGCUACGGUACCUACAGCUACAGCUACUACCAUGCCCAAGGCUAGAGACAAAGCUGCAAAGCCUGCAAAGGGAGCCGAUGGUCCCCCGACUGAAGCGGCUGGUUCCCAGCCAACUACCUCGCAGGCGCCUUCCAUGCCACAAUACUCCGGAUUCACAGAUAUGGAAUUGUCUAAACAGGUUUCCACUUAUGGUUUCAAGCCAGUCAGAGGCCGCAAGAAGAUGAUCGAUCUCCUUCAACAAUGUUGGGAAUCGAAAAAUGGUAGCAAUGCUACCUCUGGCAGCCAACCUGCUCGCCAAUCCAAGCAACAGAAAGAAACUGUGUCUAAGAUGGACAAUGUUCCAACCCCCACCAUGGAUGCGAAGCCAAAGGCGACGGUGAAGUCUAAAUCUGCGACAUCUACAAAGGACCGAAAAUCACUUGACGCGACGAAAUCACCGUCUACCUCGCAAUCCAAUCCCCAGACAGGCCCGAAGAAAAACCCCAAAGGAAAGCCUAUCACUGAGACCUCUAUGUCAUUCAUUGAUGUGGAAGAGAUCCAAGACUCGGAAGAAGAAAUCAUUCCCUCUCCAAGUCAAGUACAAAGGCACUAUACCGACAUCUAUUCAAAGUGCAAGGCAGACAGCCAAGCACACCAACGCUCUUUGGAAAUCCUCACGAAAACACCGUCACCAAGUCCAACCAAGGGCAAGGUUUUUUCUUCCAGAAUUUCAGCCAAAGGGCCAGCAUCCUCUGCAUCCCUCACAGCCACACGCACAGCCACACACACAGCAGAAUCCUCUAAAGAAAUUAAUCUGGCAGGUAUGUCUGCGCGAAUCACCCAAGCUGUUCGGGUCCAGCCUCGGUUCUCGCCACUAUCAUCGUCUCGUGGUGGCCGUAUUCGACCGACAUGGCAUGAAAAAAUCCUCAUGUAUGACCCUAUCAUCCUCGAAGAUUUCACCGCUUGGCUCAAUGUCGAAGGACUGGGGCUUGUGGGCGAAGAUCGCGAGGUUGGCACUGCGUCUGUCCGGGAAUGGUGUGAAAGUAAAGGAAUCUGUUGUUGUUGGAAAAGCAAUGCCAGCUGGUAA